CUUACGCUCGAGACCGGAAGAAGGGAAAUAUACAGUUUAUUUACCAGGAAAUAAGAAAGGAAAAACUUGCUCUUUCACCAACACGACUUUCCUCUAAUAGCACGAAGUACAAUCCUUGAUUUAUAUACAAAGAUGGAUGACACGCUGUUUCAGCUGAAAUUCUCAGCAAAACAGUUGGAGAAGCUGGCCAAGAAGGCAGAGAAAGACUCCAAGACAGAGCAGGCUAAAGUCAAGAAGGCUCUACAACAGAAGAAUGUGGAGUGUGCCAGGGUAUACGCGGAGAAUGCCAUUCGCAAGAAGAACGAGGGCUUGAACUGGCUGCGCAUGGCAUCUCGUGUCGACGCUGUGGCCUCCAAGGUCCAGACUGCGGUCACCAUGAAAGGGGUGACAAAGAACAUGGCUCAGGUGACCAAGGCACUGGACAAAGCACUUGGCUCUAUGGACCUGCAAAAGGUGUCUGCUGUGAUGGACAAGUUUGAAACACAAGUGCAAAACCUGGAUGUUCACACCUCUGUGAUGGAGGACUCCAUGAGCUCAGCUACCACCCUGACUACACCCCAGGAGCAGGUGGAUGACCUCAUCGUGCAGAUAGCCGAAGAGAGCGGCCUGGAGGUGAUGGAUCAGCUGAAUCAGUUACCCGCCGGGGCUGCCUCGCUGGGGGAGGGCUCCACACGCUCCCAGGAGAAGGAAGACCUGCUGUCCCGCAGGUUGGCUGCGUUGCGGAAUUGAGCGUGUCACCUCGUGAGCAGGCUGACGAGCAGCGGAAGAGUGGCUCUAAAAUGGACUAUUCCCUUCAACCUGUUUGUGCUGCGAGUGCUCUUCAGUCGAUCCCGUCCCUGGGUCUAUUUAUAUACGUGUCAGUCUGAGUGCUGCUGAAAUUACCACACACGAUCUUGCCACUCCUCUCUCUCACUAAAUUCUUGUUUUUCUCUCUCUCCUCCCCAUCUGUUUGUUUUCUGCUCUCUCAAUUUCAUUUGCACUUCCUCCCCUCACAUCCUCUCCUUCCUCUUAUACCCCUCUUCCUCCAUUGAAGAGAUUUUUGGCAAGCAGUAAAAUUAUCCUGUUUCUGCAACCCAUAGAGGGGGGAAAAAAAUCCAAACACAGAGAUGCUUAAAAUAAUCUACUCUCCUAAUAAUAUGUAUGAUCUCAGAAAUACUGCUCAUGUGCUCCAUCUGUAUUUGAAAGCUGUAUUUUAUUUUUUUUAUUCAUAUAUUAUGAAGUUAAUGCAAAAGACACAUAUCAGCUGGCUGUCAGAGCAGGGUGUCGGUGGCAGGUGAACCUGGACAGGAAUUCUGGGUGGAGGUCACUCACAAAUGACCUUGUUCAGCUGAGAUGCGUUCAUCUUGACCGGGGCUGACACGCACACAAAUUAUCUGUGGUGAAGGAACACUAAGGCUUUGUGUUUGUCACUCCUCGUCCCCAACACCACACACAUCACCCCAUGUCAAUGGGAAUCCUCAACGUCAGACCAAGGUCAUGCUGAGUAACAGCUAGUGUAAAUGCUGUGUUCUUAUGUUAAUUGAUGCUGUGUUCUUUUGGCUCUAGUUAAAUUCUCUUGGUUCGCUCUUCAUGCCUUUUUGAUUUCUGCUUGUUGACUAUUAAUGCCUUACUGAGAUUUCAGGUGCUUGACUAGGCACUUUACUUCAGUGCCUGAGUGAAGUAAUUAAUAAAUAAUCAUAAAGGCCUAUCAUUAGGAACAGGCAGACUGUCUAUCCUUGGUUAUCACAGGAAUGAAUCUGAAUAAUUUACUUCUUUGGGAAUUGCUUUACUGUGUGUGUGCUGGUUAUUUAUAUCAAUAGUCCCAUUUAGGUUGGUGGGGGUUUUUGUAUUAUAUGUUCAUAUUCAGAUAAUAAAACCCCCUUGUGAGAGAAACGGAACUGACUUGACAUCAACUUGCAAGAUCAGGGGUUCUUAACCUUGGUUGUUCCAUGGGUGUCCUCGGCCAUCUGGUGAAACUUGUGAACGUGUUCUCAGAAUAAUGUUUUUAAAUGCAUAACAUUAAAUGCGUAGGGUUAAAAAUGGGACCGAAAGGAAAUACAAAAUAUCAAAAUAUAAAAAAGUAGUAGUGAUGAGCAUAAAUGAUAUACCCAGAUAUCUAUCAACUGUAACAUGAUAUGAAAACAUCUUUGAUUUUUAUUGGUGGCAAUAUCAUAGGUACUGCAAAUACUACUAUGUUUUUUUUGGCUAAAUUCCUGAGGUUAAUGAAAGCAAUGAUGUAUAUUUUUCCUCGUCCAAGUUCAUAGACCCUCUGAAAUCUAUGCAUGGACCCCCAAAGUUAAAAACCCCUGUUUUAGAUCACACUAAGUGGGUUGGGUACUCAUGCCAGAAGGUUGUGGGUUCGAGUCCCGUACGUGGCACAACUAAUCACUAAUGGGCUUUUGAGCUUUUAACUGCUUGUUGGUGGCUUUGCCCAAGAGGGUCUGCUGGGGAAAAUCGUUGUCUAAAUGAGAAAGGUUCUGUCACAAAUAUUCGCCGGAAUGGUUUCUAAAUAAAUUUUGACAGACAUUGUAAUGGAUGGAUAUGUGCAUAAUAAAUGUGACAACUUGUUGUGCUUAA